GUGGCUAGCUUCAGGAUUGGAUGAAAAUGUUUUGAUUUCAAACACCCUUUUUUUGUGGAGUAAACAAAGACUUACUGACUGACCUAAAUAGGCUACCCAACUCUGUCCUCUAAAAUAUGUCUAAACUACAGUCGUUGCGUGUGUUUUUAAAUGAGCGUUUAUCGGCGGCUGCUGUGGAGAUUUUCGGGGCAGUUGAGAAAACGGUAGUGGAGUACCAGGAGGAGAAUGAUCGGCUACGGAGACUUCUGCGGAGGACACCGGUGAUACCUCUAUGUAGAAUAGACUCCCUGCAGCUCUCUGUCUCUGAAGAGGAGGUUCCCCCUGAGCAGCAGCAUUGUGAGCAGGAGUGGAGCCCCAGUCUGGGACAGGAGGACCCAGAGACCACACAGAUUAAAGAGGAACAGGAGGAAGUCAGGACCAGUCAAGAGGAAGAGCAGAUUCAAGGGUACUUUGAUACCAAAGACUCCAUAUCCACUCCUUCCUGUGUGAAAAGUGAAUGUGAUCAGGAGGACCCAUGUCAAGAAGCCGUACGAGCUGAAUACCCAACUCUCAGUCCACUGAAAACAUCUAAACUACAGUUGUUCUGUGUGUUUUUAAAUGAAUGUUUAACGGCAUCUGCUGCUGUGGAGAUUUUUGGUGCGGUUGAGGAAACUAUAGCAGAGUACCAGGAGGAGAAUGAUCUGCUACGGAGACUGCUGCGGAUCACACCAGAGAUAAAACUAUGUAGAAUAGACUCCCUGCAGCUCUCUGUCUCUGAAGAGGAGGUUCCCCCUGAGCAGCAGCACUGUGAGCAGGAGUGGAGCCCCAGUCUGGGUCAGAAGGACCCAGAGACCACACAGAUUAAAGAGGAACAGGAGGAAGUCAGGACCAGUCAGGAGGAAGAGCAGCUUCAAGUUCUGGAGGCUGAUAUCGUAGAGUUCAAUUUCACUCCUCCUUGUGUAAAAAGUGAACGUGAUCAGGAGGACCCACUUUGGUCCUUGACUCUUCCCCAAACCCAGACUGUGGAGAACAGAGAGAGUCACUCUAAACCAGUGGAUCUGAAACCUUUUGUCCAUGUGACCCACUUAAAUGGUCUUGACCUUCCAGAUAAUGACAGCAAUGCCUCCAGCCACAGUUCAGCUGUAAGCAGCGACACAGUAGGACUUGACAGCAGCCCACCAUUGGAUCCCAGUCCACCAUUGGAUCCCAGCCCACCAUUGGAUCCCAGUCCACCAUUGGAUCCCAGUCCACCAUUGGAUCCCAGUCCACCAUUGGAUCCCAGCCCACCAUUAGAGAAACACUGUUCCAAACCCAGCACCACAUCUAGAAAAACUCACCACUGCCGUGACUGUGGUGAAACAUUUGCUCUGAAAGCUGACCUGCAGAGACAUAUGACUCUCUUCAGUAAGAGACCCAGUGAAUGUAGUUCCUGCCAAAAACGCUACAACUCCACCUGUAAACUGAAGGCCCAUGUCCGACGCUGUCACAGUGGGAAACCCUGCACCUGCCCUGUUUGUGGAAAGACCUUCAAAUACAAAGGCUAUCUUUCCAAGCACUUAAGGAUUCACACAGGAGAGAAACCAUUCAGCUGUGGUGACUGUGGGAAAAGAUUCACUCAGAAAGGGAACCUAACCGAACAUGUACUGACUCACACAGGAGAGAAACCAUUUAGCUGUGGUGACUGUGGGAAAAGCUUCAGUCUCAAGAAGACACUAACGGAUCAUAUACGGACUCACACAGGAGAGAAACCAUUUAGCUGUGGUGACUGUGGGAAAAGCUUCAAUAAGAAGGGACACCUUUCCGUGCAUCAACUGACUCACACAGGUGAGAAACCUUUUAGCUGUGGUGACUGUGGGAAAAGCUUCAGUCAGAAGGGGAACCUAAGUAUUCAUAAACUGACUCACAUAGGAGAGAAACCUUUUAGCUGUGGAGAAUGCGGGAAAAGCUUUGGGCUCAAGCGGCACCUAACCAUGCAUAAACUGACUCACACAGGAGAGAAACCAUUUAGCUGUGGAGAUUGCGGGAAAAGCUUUAAUCGCAAGGAGGUCUUAACCAUGCAUAUACGGACUCACACAGGAGAGAAACCUUUUAUCUGUGGAGACUGUGGGAAAAGCUUCAGGCAUAAAGGGUCCCUUAAGAUACAUAUAUUGUCUCACACAGGAGAGAAACCAUUUAGCUGUGGUGACUGUGGGAAAAGCUUCAAUCAAAGGGGGAACCUAAACAUGCAUUUACGGACUCACACCAGAGAUAAUUCAUUUUGUUGUGGUGACUGUGGGAAAAGCUUCAAUCAGAGGGGGAACUUAACCACGCAUAUACAAACUCACACCAGAGAUAAUUCAUUUCGAUGUGGAGACUGUGGGGAAAACUUCAAUGAGAAGGGGCACCUAAUUGAACACAUACGGACUCACACAGGAGAGAAACCAUACAGGUGUGGUGACUGUGGGAAAAGCUUCAUUCAGAAGGCGGACCUAAGGAGGCAUAUACUGACUCACACAGGAGAGAAACCACAUGGCUGCUCUGUCUGUGGUAAAAGAUUCACUCAGAAGUCUCAUCUGCUGAGGCAUGUGGAUAAAAUCCACAAAGGAAGAAAACAGGACAGAAAAUCCCUGCCACUCUCUGUCUCUGAAGAGGAGGUUCCCCCUGAGCAGCAGGAGUGGAGCCCCAGUCUUGGGCAGAAGGACCCAGAGUCCAAACUGAUUAAAGAGGAACAGGAGGAAGUCAGGACCAGUCAGGAGGAAGAGCAGCUUCAAGGGGUGGAGCCUGAUGUCAUAGAGUUCAUAUUUACUCCUUCCUGUGUGAAAAGUGAAUGUGAUCUGGAGGACCCACGUCAAGAAGCCGUACUAGCUGAAUACCCAACUCUCAGUCCACUGAAAACAUCUAAACUACAGUCGUUUCGAGAGUUUUUAAAUGAGCGUUUAACGGCGUUUGCUGCUGUGGAGAUUUCUGGGGCAUUUGUGAAAAUGGUAGCAGAGUACCAGGAGGAGAAUGAUCGGCUACGGAGACUACUGCGGAUCACACCGGAGAUUAAACUAUGUAGAAUAGACUCCCUGCAGCUCUCUGUCUCUGAAGAGGAGGUUCCCCCUGAGCAGCAGCACUGUGAGCAGGAGUGGAGCCCCAGUCUGGGGCAGGAGGACUCAGAGCCCAUACAGAUUAAAGAGGAACAGGAGGAAGUCAAGACCAGUCAGGAGGAAGAGCAGCUUCAAGGUCUGGAGCCUGAUAUCAUGAAGUUCAUAUUCACUCCUUCCUGUGUGAAAAGUGAAUGUGAUCAGGAGGACCAAACCAAGACUGUGGAGAACAGAGAGAGUGACUCUGAACCAGUGGAUCUCAAACCUUAUGUCACUGUGACCCACAUUAAGGGUCUCUACAUUCCCUGUGACCCUCCAGAUAAUCAAAACAGUGCCUCCAGCCACAGUUCAGCAGUAAGCAGUGACACAGUAGGACUUGAUAGCAGCCCACCAUUGGAGAAACAUCUGACCAAACCCAGCACUACAUCUAGAAAAACUCACAGCUGCUGUGACUGUGGUGAAGCGUUUGCUCUGAAAGCUGACCUGCAGAGACAUGUGACUCUCACCAAGAAGAGACCCAGUGAAUGUAGAUUCUGCAAAAAACGCUACAACUCCACCUGUAAACUGAAGGCCCAUGUCCGACUCUGUCACAGUGGGAAACCCUGCACCUGCCCUGUUUGUGGCAAGAUCUUCAAACAAAAAGGGCAUCUGUCCAGGCACAUGAGGAUUCACACAGGAGAGAAACCGUUCAGUUGUGGUGACUGUGGGAAAAGCUUCCGUCUGAAGGGGCAUCUAACCAGGCACAAACUAAUUCACACAGGGGAAAAUCCAUUUAGCUGUGGUGACUGUGGGAAAAGAUUCAGUCUCAAGCAGCAUCUAACCAGGCACAAACUGAUUCACACAGGAGAGAAACCUUUUAGCUGUGGCGACUGCGGGAAAAGCUUCAAUCUCAAAAAGACACUAACUGAACAUAUACGGACUCACACAGGAGAGAAACCUUUUAGCUGUGGUGAUUGUGGAAAAAGCUUUAGUGUCAAGAAGACACUAAUUGAACAUAUACGGACUCACACAGGAGAGAAGCCAUAUAGCUGUGGUGACUGUGGGAAAAGCUUCAGUGUCAAUAGGAACCUAACUAAGCACAAACUGACUCACACAGGAGAGAAACAACAUGGCUGCUCAGUGUGUGGUAAAAGAUUCAUUCAGAAGACUAAUCUGCUGAGGCAUGUCAAAAACAACCACAAAGAAUAAAAACAAGACAAAGGAACAAAGAAAGUAAAUGAGGACACAGAGAGGGGACUAAGAGAGUAUUGAGAUACACCUGUGGACCAACUCUAGCUGGUCCUCCUGAUCCUGCUCAGUCCAAUGUCACAGUAAUGAUAUAAUGGGGCUGUUGUCUGAACCUAACAGGUAAUGUUGCUGCUCUUUGUGUAUGAAAUGGACAAUCUGCAGUUCAGACAACCACCACUUGUUAGGUGAACAACUGAGGGAUGGUGUUGGAGAGUUGUGAACACUCAUUCAUAGACGGAUAUCAAAUUUGCCUGGUGCUACUUUGUUCCAUAAAGGUACCAUCAGAGGUGUACACUACAAUGCAAGAUUUAGUUAGCUAGAGAUUUAGUUAGCUAGAGAUUUAGUUAGCUAGAGAUUUAGUUAGCUAGAGAUUUAGUUAGCUAGUUAACUAAAUAAACUUUGUAUGGAGAAAGAUAAACACCAAAAUGGGCGUGGUCUAAUUGACCUAACAACGUAACAACCUAACAACGUACGUGUAGAUUUCUUAAUGAACCAGAAGAUCUCUAGGUAUUUCUGGUUGCUCAUCAAAGUUAUCUGUUUCAUUGACCCUGCUUUGUAGUGUACCCAUCUGCAGUUCAAACAAGAACAAAGUGGGAAACCUGCCACUGUUUUGGUAAACAACUGAGGGAAAGGGGUUGGAGAAAUGUAAAUAUUCAGACAGAUCUUUGGAUGCCAGGACUGAUCAAAAUAAUAGUUGUAACCAUAUUAUGUGGCUAUACAGUGUUUGGUUGCCAUGUUAGGUUCAUAUGUUUUGUGUUCUGGUGGGGUAUGACUGUCCAAAGUCCAACAUUCGAUGUACCAAUCACAGAUUUCCCCUUAAAAAAAACCUAGAGUUGAUUGAGGCACCUGUGCAUCACACGGCAACGUCAUUUUGAAUAUAGAAUAGCUCCCUGUGUAUUUAUUAUAGUGGCUGCAGCUCAAUCCCCUCUUUCCGCCGACAUGAAGUUUGCAGCCGUUCCAUAACACGGGGCUUGUGAAAAGCGGCCUUUUUCUACACGUGAGAAGCUGUGGGAGAAAAUAUUCACAGAAUCAUGUGUUCAACCCAAAACCGUGAGAGCUACAAUCUAAUGUCACUAAUAUCGAAAGCAAAGACUUUGAUUGGCUCUAUGACAUCAACAAGCUUACAGCAGUCCUCUGAACUCUGUCGCGGACCACGUCAUUUCGAAGAGGUGUCACAAAACCGACUGUCCCGACCAAACCGUUAGUGAUACAAACAAAUGUCACCAAUAUUCAGUGGUGUAAAGUACUUAGGUAAAAGUACUUUAAAGUAUUAAUUAAGUUGUUUUUUGGGGGGUAUCUGUACUUUACUAUUUAUAUUUUUGACAACUUUUACUUCACUACAUUCCUAGUGAAAAUAAUGUACACGGUCAAAUUCGCGCACUUAUCAAGAGAACACGUGGUCAGCCCUACUGCCUCUGAUCUGGCAGACUCACUAAAUAUAAAUGCAGUGCUUGUAAAUAAUGUCGGAGUGUUGGACUAUCCGUAAAAAACAAAAACAGGAAAUGGUGCCGUCUGCUUUGCUUAGUAUAAGGAAUUUGAAA